AACUUGCCCUCUCGGCCCUCACUUCCGCCGGAAGCCGCUUCCAGCCUCAAUUGCCCUUUGCUUGGUGCACGCGCCGGGGUCCGAGCGCCGUACCCACUGUUCCCGGCGCCCGUAAGACCACAAUGGCGGCCGCCACCCUGCUGCGUGCGACGCCCCUCUUCAGCGGUCUCGGCGCUGGCCCAACAUCACUGUUGCAGGGUCUGUUGCGGCCGCUGAAGUCCCCGGCACUGCCCCUCUUGUGCCGCGGCCUGGCCGUGGAGGCCAAGAAGACCUAUGUGCGCGACAAGCCCCAUGUGAACGUGGGUACCAUCGGCCAUGUGGACCACGGCAAGACCACACUGACCGCAGCCAUCACGAAAAUUUUAGCCGAGGGAGGCGGGGCCAAGUUUAAGAAGUACGAGGAGAUCGACAACGCCCCAGAGGAGCGAGCCCGAGGGAUCACCAUCAAUGCGGCCCACGUGGAGUACAGCACUGCCAACCGCCACUAUGCCCACACAGACUGCCCCGGUCACGCAGAUUACGUUAAGAAUAUGAUCACAGGUACUGCCCCGCUGGACGGCUGCAUCCUGGUGGUAGCAGCCAACGACGGCCCCAUGCCCCAGACCCGAGAACACUUACUACUGGCCAAGCAGAUUGGAGUGGAGCACGUGGUAGUGUAUGUGAAUAAGGCGGACGCCGUUCAGGACUCUGAGAUGGUGGAGCUGGUCGAGCUGGAGAUCAGGGAACUGCUCACGGAGUUUGGCUACAAAGGGGAGGAGACUCCGAUCAUCGUGGGCUCUGCCCUCUGUGCCCUUGAGCAACGUGACCCUGAGUUAGGCCUGAAGUCUGUGCAGAAGCUGCUGGAUGCUGUGGACACUUAUAUCCCAGUGCCCACCCGGGACCUGGAGAAGCCUUUCCUGCUGCCUGUGGAGUCUGUGUACUCUAUCCCCGGCCGAGGCACGGUGGUGACAGGCACGCUCGAGCGUGGCGUUUUGAAGAAGGGAGAUGAGUGCGAGUUCCUGGGACAUAGCAAGAAUAUUCGCACUGUGGUGACAGGCAUUGAGAUGUUCCACAAGAGCCUGGAGAGGGCGGAGGCUGGCGACAACCUGGGGGCCCUGGUCCGAGGCUUGAAGCGGGAGGACCUGAGGCGUGGCCUGGUCAUGGCCAAGCCGGGCUCCAUCCAGACCCACCAGAAGGUGGAAGCGCAGGUUUACAUCCUCAGCAAGGAGGAGGGUGGCCGCCACAAGCCCUUUGUGUCCCAUUUCAUGCCUGUCAUGUUCUCCCUGACUUGGGACAUGGCCUGUCGGAUCAUCUUGCCACAGGGGAAGGAGCUCGCCAUGCCCGGGGAGGACCUGAAGCUCACCCUCAUCUUGCGGCAGCCAAUGAUCUUAGAAAAAGGCCAGCGUUUCACCCUGAGGGACGGCAACCGGACCAUUGGCACUGGCCUUGUCACCGACACGCCGGCCAUGACCGAGGAGGACAAGAACAUCAAAUGGAGUUGAGUCGGGACCUCCGCCAGGGCUCUCUUGUGUUCCGGGCUGCACUGGCCCAUGUUCUCUCCUACCUCUCUGGCGCCCCGGUCCCAGGGCAGACGCUGCAGCCCAGCCGAGUUACAGCUAGACUGACACUUCCCCUGGCCAGAGGGCCACACGGCUGGCCAGGUGAGGUAGGUCAAUAAACUGUUCUGUAAAUAGAAA